AUGCAACAAUCGAACGGUUGUCCUCAGGUUCCUCGCGGUCUCCUCGCGGACGCGAAAGAUCAAGCGUACGACAUGCGUACGCGAUGCCUGCAGGAGUACUGGUGCGUCUUCCCGAUUGACAAGAUGUUCCCCGUGAAACGUUCAGCGUGCGGACUCGCCAGCCUGGUCCCGGAGAUGCUGCGCGCCGACGUCGCGGCCUGGCCGACCUUCUGCCAAGCGUCGUCGCUGGCGUCCUGGCCGAUCCUGGCGAGAUCGCCACCCGCGAUCGCCGGCUACAAGACCGCGCCGCCGAAUCACGAGAAGCCGCCGUACUCGUAUAUCGCCCUGAUCGCGAUGGCGAUCAAUUCGUCGCCGAAGCGACGGCUGACCCUCGCCGGCAUCUACAAAUUCAUCAUGGACAGGUUCCCCUACUACAGGGAGAACCGGCAGGGUUGGCAGAACAGCAUACGGCACAACCUCAGCCUGAACGACUGCUUCGUGAAGGUGCCGCGGGACCGGACGAGCGCGGAUGAUGGCGAGGACCUGCAUACAACCGGGAAGGGAAGCUACUGGACCCUGGACCCGUCUGCCAGCGAGAUGUUCGAGCACGGCAAUUACAGGCGCAGAAGAACGAGACGGAGGCGGCCGGUGCUCGCUCAGGGGAGACCGGAUGAGCUCGCGGGAUUACCGGUAUCGACCGAACUCUUGUCCAAUUCGAAACGUCAAGAGGAACAACGUAAAAUUAUUGAAACGAACGAAGAAAACGCCGUGGCGAAAAAUACCGAAACCGAAUGUACAGAUUCCCCCCCAGGACGUAUCGCCAAAAUGACGAUGUUCAGCAUCGACAACAUUCUACGGAAGUCCACGCGAGAGUCGUCAAAUAUAGCUUUAUAGUUUACUGUCAAAAUAACUUCGAUGACAUCAAUGGAAUAUCGUCUAGCAAUGUUAAAUAAGAAGAUUCAUGGUCGAUCUUGCAACCAAAAACAAAAUCAGCAUUUUUACGUUAUAUAUGUGUAUUCCGAUCGUAAUUAGUUUUAUUUAUUGUGAAAUAUUUUAUUAUUUUAGCAUAAAGAGUACCCCAGCUGUAUGCAACAUUAUAAUCAAAAGUUAAAGAUUAA